AUGGACGCCCAAAAGCCUGCGGCCAAGAAGCGCAAGCUCACGGAUAGGAACCUCCCGAACGCAUUCCUCCAGACACCAGAGUUCUCCGUGGACUCCCAGAUGUACCGCGACCUCCUCGACAUGGAACGUCGGUUGGACUGGACAAUGACGCGAAAGCGCGUAGAGGUGCAGGACGCUCUCCAACGUAUUGCGCCCCCGUGGCAACAAGGCGCAGAGGGAGAAGCGAAGGUGAACCCGGAGACUGGCGAGGGCAUCCCGGCGUGGCAGUUCAGGAUUGAUGGGCGGUUGCUCGAGAUCCCGAACCACAGAGCAAAAGACCGGGUACCCCCGCGAAAGCUCUCUGCCCUGGUCAAGCAAAUGGUCGUCGAGCUCGACCGAGACAUGAACCUGUACCCGGAGGGCAAUGUCGUCGAGUGGGUGCGGGGAGCCAACCAACCUGCGAUGGAUGGAUUCACAAUCCGACGAAAAGGGGACACGCCCACCAAGAUCCGGAUAAUACUGCACCUCGAGCAACAGCCGGAGCAGUACAAGGUACACCCAGAACUAGGGACUCUUCUGGGCGUGAAAGAAGACAGUCGAGUCGGCGUUGUGCAGGCGCUGUGGAACUACAUCAAGGUUGAGGGGCUUCAAGACAAAGUUGAUCGUCGCAUGGUCCGAGCAGACGCACAUCUCCGACCGAUAUUUGGCGCAGAGUCUGUCAUGUUCCAGCAACUGCCAGAACUCGUCAACCGAUACCUCCUCCCGCCGGACCCUAUCAUCCUCCAUUACACUCUCAACCCGGCAAUCCCCCCGCCAGAGAAACCGGGCGCGUGGGACGCCGAGGUGAAGCUGGAUGACUCUGGUCUGAAGAGCCGGAUGAGCCACGCCGUCGUGCAGAUGGCCGCCGAGACCGCUCGCGAGCUCGCUAAGCUUGACGACGAGAUUGCCAUGCACGUUCAAUCACUCAACAACGCGCACCUCAAGCGCACAUUCCUCCGCGCCUUCGCCGAGGACCCGCAGCAGUUCAUCCAGACGUGGCUCGCCUCGCAGUCGCGCGACCUCGAGACGAUGCUGGCGAGCGGCCCAAGCGACGGUGCGACGCUCGGUAAGCUGCGACAGUGGGCGGGCGAGGUCAUCUCGUCGCGCGACAAGACGGCAGUGACUGAAGAGUUCCGCGAGCUCGAGCAUGACAUUGAGUUGCGGAGGCAGGGACUAUGGAGACUCCAUAUAGCCUCUGAAGAUUAUCAUGACAUCCUCAACAAGAAGAAGGAGUGCGAAGCCCUUGAUGAGGCGGAGAAACUGCUACCCGUCGAUGCGCUGGGCAUAGUCAUGAUCAAGCAUGGGGAGGAAUUUGGCGACGAGUCUGCCUUCGGUACCUCGCUCAUGAGCAUGGGGCGUGCGCUGUGCAAGGUAGCCACGUUGCAAGAGACGUUCGCCAUGACUUUCGAAGAUACCUUCCUCGCGUCCGUCUUCCGUAUGGAAGACGAGAUCAAGGAGUACCAGGCCCAGAGGAAGAAGCUCGAAAGUAGGCGGCUGAGCUACGAUGCGGCUAUUAGCAAGCUGGAGCGGAUGAAGAGUAACAAGAAGGAGAAGGAGAAGGACCGAAAGGAUGCGGAAGACGAGCUGGCCAAUGCAAAGUCGCGCUAUGAGGAGACAGCAGAAGACGUCCGCGCGCGGAUGUAUGCUAUUCAAGAGAACGAAGUGCUCCAACUCCGGGAGCUAACCUCCUUCGUCCACCUGAAAGUCAAUUUUGUCGAGCAGUACCUCGAGGUGCUACGCGAUGUCAAGGCCAACUGGGUAGACGAAGGGCCAAUGCACAUGUUCACACGCGAGACGGAGGUCAAGCCCGAGGUAUCGCGCUUCGGAUCCAUGCGCUCGAACAAAUCUCGGUCGAAACGAUCUGCUGUGUCUGAUGAGUCUUCAUCAGACGGAGAGUCUUCUGAGGAAGAGGCACAGCCUAGGAGGCGGUCGCGUGGCCUCUCUUUCUCAAGCAAGAAGUCAGAUGUAGGCAGCAGGCCUCCUUCCCGCCCUCCUUCGCGGCCACAAUCCCGGGCAGAGCGCAAACGCACGGACAGUACUGUAGGCGCAAACAAGGACAAAGAGAAACUCAGUGUCGCUGGCUGGGCGUCUUCAGCGGACAAGGACAAGGAUAACUUCGCCACCCUGCGCGACAACGAUGGCGGCGGAGACGAUAGCGACGCCUCCGAUGGCGCGUCAAGCGCUUCCAAGCACCGCAAAGGGAAGAGUUCAGGCUCCAUCACCAGCACCUCUCCUGUUGAACGCCGCUUGUCGAUGCGGAAAGCGAGCGGCAAAAGGGUCGUCGUCGCACUGCAUGACUUCGCAGCUGGGUCGACGGAUGAGCUCAGCUUCCAUGCGGGCGACCAAAUUGCCGUCGUGAACGAGGUGCUAGAUGGCUGGUGGAUGGGUGAGCUCGCUGGAAAACGCGGGCUCUUCCCGACGACCUACACGGAAGUCCUCUCGCCCACCCCAUCCGCGCCUCCAUUGCCGCGCCGUCCGCCAGCCAUGACACGCGGCACUGGUGCGAGUGCGCCCCCUCACGGACGCAAACGGUCUACGUCUAGUCAGCAUCCAUUUGGCGACCAUAAUAUCGCUGCGAGCCGAAGAGAUACCGCCCCCGGCGACGCGGAAGAGGACGAGAAGGAGCGGCUCAUUGGCCGCCCGCCCAGCCGGCCUCCGCUCUCACGGCGUACCACGGACCAAGGGCUCAGCUCGUCGCCGGCGACGAAGAAGCCACCCCCGCCGCCCCCGCCGCGGCGGCACGGGGGUUCAAUGCACGGCAGUCCGGUGCCCCCGCCUAUACCAAACCGGCCGCUGCAUACGAAAUCGUCGCAGUCGAGUUCGAGCUCGUUCUUAGCGAAUGAGGACGAUCUGACGCAUUCGCCAUUUGAUAGCCCCGGAGACGCGUGGUGA